GUCUGAGGGUCCUUUGAGGUUAAUCUCUCUCCAGAAUCAGAUGAGCUGUGAAUAGUAAAUCCUCUUCACACUGCUGCAUGCUGUCUCUCCUGCUGAAAUGGCUCGUGUUAAUGUGAAACUCAUGAUUGUAACUGUGUUUUUAUUCUUUGGCUCAGCUGCAUGUCUGUUAUUUCAUCCAGCAAGGAUGGGAAAUUUCACGUCCACUGGUGCUGGAAGUUUUUCAAAUCAGACGAGUUCGCAGUUUAUAACGGAUGUGGUGUCUCAUAACUGCAUUGUUAUAUUCUCCAAGACAACAUGUCCUUAUUGCAAGAUGGCCAAGAAUGUGUUUAAUCAAAUAGGAGCCACGUAUAAGGUCAUCGAACUGGAUGAACAUAACAACGGCCAACAAAUUCAGGAGGCUUUAGCAGAAAUAUCUGGCGCCAGAACGGUCCCAAGAGUCUUUAUCAAUGGAGAAUGCAUUGGAGGAGGCUCAGAUACUCGACAGCUUCAUGAACAGGGCAAACUGUUGCCUCUGAUUAAGAAGUGUAACCCGUGCUGCUUGAAUAAUGCUGCAGAGGGAUCAGGGAGUGGGCAGAAUCCUUUAUAACGGUUCCCUAAGAUGAAUUAAAUCAUUGAGUACAGGGAUAGAUUAUUAGUGACUGUCAUCCGGUUUUCAUUACUUUGGUCCGUUUUAUUUUUUGCUGAAAAGUGAUCCUACCUCAGUACUCAUCACUCAUGUAUAGUUUUUUUAAAUAAAUUAAUAGUGAAAUAAAAGAUGGAUUGCGUUUUUAACAAGCAUUGGAAAACAUAAUAAAAAAGUUACAAACGGACAAACA